AGGUCAUAGUGAGAACUUCUGGAAGUUUGGGGGCAGAAGGGUGUUUUAGGAUACAUGAGAACAUCAACUUGACAUGCAUUUUUUGGUGAAAAGAUUCUUCAGUUUUCUGGAGCUGACUCUGCAAAAGGAGAAGAAUUGCCCAUAAUUUCAGCCACAGCCCAGUGGGUGGAUAAAUGGAAGGGGGAAAUCACUCAGUUGUGUCUGAGUUUGUGCUUUUGGGACUCACCUGUUCAUGGGAGAUCCAGCUUAUCCUCCUGGUGUUUUCCUCUGUGCUCUAUGUGGCAAGCAUGACUGGGAACAUCCUCAUUAUGUUUUCUGUGACCACUGAUCCUCAUUUACACACCCCCAUGUACUUUCUACUGGCCAGUCUCUCCUUCAUUGACUUGGGAGUCUGCUCUGUUUGUGGCCCCAAGAUGAUUUAUGACCUCUUCAGAAAGCGUAAAGUCAUCUCUUUUAGAGGAUGUAUUGCUCAGAUCUUCUUCAUCCACUUCCUUGGUGUUACAGAGAUAAUGUUGCUCAUCGCCAUGGCUUUUGACAGAUAUGUGGCCAUUUGCAAGCCUCUCCACUACCUGACCAUCAUGAGCCCACGGAUGUGCAUUUUGUUUAUGGCUGCUGCCUGGGCAUUUGGCAUCAGUCACUCAUUGUUCCAACUAGCACUUAUUGUUAACUUGCCCUUCUGUGGUCCUAAUAUACUGGACAGCUUUUACUGUGACCUUCCUCGGCUCCUCAGACUGGCCUGUACAGACACCUACAGAUUGCAGUUCAUAGUCAUUGCCAACAAUGGGUUAAUUUGUGUUGUCUCUUUCUUUGCACUUGUCAUUGGCUACAUUUUCAUCCUGGUUACUGUUUGGAAACAUUCCUCAGGUGGUUCAUCCAAGGCUCUGUCCACUCUGUCAGCUCACAUCACUGUGGUCCUUUUGUUCUUUGGCCCAAUCAUGUUUAUCUAUACAUGGCCACAUCCCAAUUCACAGAUGGACAAGUUUCUUGCACUCUCUGAUGCUGUGCUCACUCCUUUUUUAAAUCCAGUUAUCUACACAUUUAGGAAUAAGGAGAUGAAGGCAGCAAUAAAGAGAUCUUUCAGACAAUUAGUGAUUGUUAGAAAAAUUUCAUAAAUAAUGUUAUAAGGUCACUAUCGUCAUGUAGCCCAUAUCUGGGAUUUUAGAGUUGUUUUUGUAAUGUAUCAGUAAUUGAUUUGCAUCAGCACACUCUUUUUGAAUGCUCUUAUUGCCUAAGAAUAGUGAAUAUUUAAAGAAAUGAAACUUUAAUUCAAAAGUUAUGCUGAUUCAG